CCUGCCCUGCGUAUGUUGGCGAUGUCUUCCAAACAUGAGCUGAAGAAACUGUCGGAGGAAAGCUUAACACGGCAGCCGGAUGAGGUGUUUGACAUUAUCUGCAAGCUCGGCGAAGGUAGCUAUGGCUCGGUGUACAAGGCACUGCACAAGGAGAGCGAGCAGGUGCUCGCGAUCAAGCAGGUCCCCGUCGAUACCGAUCUGCAGGAGAUCAUCAAGGAGAUCUCGAUCAUGCAACAGUGUGACUCACCGUACGUCGUCAAAUACUAUGGAAGCUACUUCAAAAACACCGAUCUCUGGAUCGUGAUGGAGUACUGUGGUGCGGGUAGUGUGUCCGACAUAAUGCGACUGCGCAAGAAAACACUUUCCGAGGACGAAAUAGCGACCAUCCUGAUCGACACACUGAAAGGGUUAGAGUAUUUGCACUUGCGUCGUAAAAUUCAUCGCGACAUUAAGGCGGGCAAUAUACUGCUCAACUCGGAAGGGCAUGCCAAGCUGGCAGAUUUCGGUGUCGCUGGUCAGCUGACGGAUACGAUGGCGAAGCGGAACACGGUGAUCGGUACACCGUUCUGGAUGGCGCCGGAGGUGAUCGAGGAGAUCGGGUACGAUUGUGUGGCGGACAUAUGGUCGCUCGGCAUUACGGCACUCGAGAUGGCGGAAGGAAAGCCACCGUACGGCGAUAUCCAUCCGAUGCGGGCGAUCUUUAUGAUACCGACGAAGCCGCCGCCAUCGUUCCGCCAUCCGGACAUUUGGUCGCCGGAGUUUAUCGAUUUCGUGAGCCUUUGUUUGGUGAAAAAUCCGGAAGAGCGGGCAACGGCCACCGAUCUAUUGGCACAUGAAUUUAUUCGUAAUGCCAAACCGUGCAGCAUACUCAGCCAAAUGAUAGCGGAAGCGAAGGAAAUACGGGAAAACCAAAGCUACAGGCAUGCGGCCGCCAUUAGUCAAGCUAACAAACAGCUGCAAAACAACAGCAAUAAUGCCGCGAACGGGCACGACGGUGGUGAAUCGGACGAUGAGGAGCAGGUAAACUCGAGAACGAUGAAGGAAUUUCCGGCCGACUGUGGAACGCUGGUGCCGGGUCGUGGCGAUGAAGGUGAUGGGACGAUGAUUGCCCAUGCGGAUUAUGGUACGCUUGUGCCGGAUAAUGGGACGAUGGUGGAGCUGCAAUCGAAUCUGGGCACGAUGGUGAUAAAUUCGGAUUCGGAAGAAUCCACCAUGAAAAGACAUGAUACAAAUCCCGACAAACCGAAGUAUAGGCCACUGUUUCUCGAUCAUUUCGACAAGAAGGAAGCGGAAGCGGCCAGCUUCGGCAAUAGCAAGGUUGCCGCGGUAAACAAUCAUCACCAUCAUCACCAGCUACAAUCGCCCGACUCGGCGAUGAGCUCGUUUGACGAUGGUUCACCAGCAGUAGAUUUGCAAAGUGAACUUUCGCCGGCCUUUAGUCCCCAGGCGACACCGGUCGCCUCGCCACAACAGCCACACCUUCUACAGCCUUUAGCCACCUCGCCACAGCAACCUCAGCCACAGGUGCAGAAGAUCAUCAGCAAUCUGGCUUCACCGGCGACACCACCGGCCCCAGCACCAGCAGCAGCACAAGCCUUUCCAGCCACGCACAGUCCCGUCUCUCCGUCGGCACCACCAAUGACGCAAAAUUUCCAAGACCAUCAGCAACAUCAACAUCAGGCACUGCAACAGCAGCAGCAGCAGCAACAGUUCAAUGAAGAACGGCAACGAUAUCAAUCGCAUCUGCAGUUGCAACUGAAUCAAAUAUCCGCCGUUAGCCCCAAUAUGCAUCAGAUGCAGUUUUUGCAACCCACCGCGGCUGAGUACGAUUCGCUUAAGUUUAUGAACUACGAACAGUUGGAACAGCGUUUGGCCAGCUUAGACAAGGAGAUGGAAAAGGAGUUGGCGGAAACGAAGAAACGGUACACCUCCAAACGUCAACCGAUUCUGGAUGCGAUCGAGGCCAAGCAGCAGAAGCGACAGCAAAAGCUGGAAGAGUUUUGAGU